ACCGGCCCUUUAUGCAGGCUAUCGCUCCUGCCAGGCUCCUUCCUUCCUCGCUCCUGCCUGCGGGGCGCCGCUGCCCGGGGGCCAUGGCGGGGGCGCCCGGCGGGCCGUAGGUGUGGAGCUCAGAUCCAACACAGGACUCAUGUGAGCUUGCACAUCUUGCCUAAUGGAAUAGCUCAUACUUUCACUUCUACUUCUGUAAGAGAAGAGAUUUGGAUUCUUCCUGGUGGCAGUGAUCCUACCCACUCACUGAGUUUCCAUGGGGUACAGGUCAUGCAACUGGACUGCAUUUGGGUAAAGGAUGAGUUCAGUGUUUCUCUGAGGAGUCUUCCAACACAUUUUCCAAAUUACCUUUCAAUGGUGUUCUAAGUGAGCUUAUGUGAAACAAACAGUAUUGGAUCAUGAGUGAAGAAAAAAACUUCGGUGCAUCCCAGAAAAUGUUGUCUCCUUCAAGAAGUACGAGCAGCUGCUCCUCCAAGCAGGGAAGUCGACAGGACAGCUGGGAAAUUGUAGAAGGACUCCGGGGAGCAAUGAAUUGUACCCAGGAGCCACAGAGGCAGGAGGGCUGCUUGCUGAAAAAGAGGAAGUGGCCUCUGAAAGGCUGGCAUAAGAGAUACUUCUUUUUGGACAGAGGAAUCUUGAAGUAUUCUAAAUGCCGAGCUGAUAUAGAGAGAGGAAAACUUCAUGGCUGUAUUGAUGUUGGACUUUCUGUCAUGUCUGUAAAGAAAUCAACAAAAUGUAUAGAUUUGGAUACAGAGGAGCAGAUAUACCACCUGAAGGUGAAGUCUCAGGAGCUGUUUGAUGAAUGGGUAGCGAAACUUCGCCAUCACAGAAUGUACCGUCAGAAUGAAAUCUCCAUGUUCCCUCACGACGCCAAUAACAUUUUCUUCCCUGUGUCUACUACUUCGGACUCUGUCCCAGGUUUCUGUGAUUCUACAGCAGGUAGAAAGGCAGGCAGCUUGACCAAACAGAAUUCAACAUCAACUGGAGGUAAUUUAUCGUUUUCUUUUUCAAGUAAUGAGUCCAGGAUUUCAUCUUGGCUACAGUCUUCUGAAGACAUGGAAAAAUGCUCAAGAGACCUCUCCAACUGUCACACAUAUUUACUGGAAAUGAACCAGCUGUUACAGAGCAUGGAUGUUCUUCACAGGACAUAUUCAGCGCCUGCUAUAAAUGCUAUGCAGGUUGGACCUUUUGAAAGCCCAAAGAAGGAAAAGAGAACACACAGGAGGUGGCGAUCCAGAGUUGUUGGGAAAGAGGCUAAAGGAAUGUUACAGGUGCCUUCAGUAUUUUCUGCCCCUAUGAGACUUCAUGCUUCCAAUCCAAACUUAUCUACAAUAGAUUUUGUAGAGGAGAAAAAUUACUCCGAUGGCUCUGAAACAUCAUCAGAAUUUAGUAAAAUGCAAGAGGACUUAUUUCAUGUUGCACAUAAAGUUUACUUCACCCUGAGGUCAGCUUUCAGCACCAUAUCUACAGAGAGAGAAAAGCUGAAGCAGAUGCUGGAGUACGAUGCAUCCUCAUCUCCAUCUGCACAAAUAGUGGGCUUGAAGAAUGCCUUAACAUCUGCAAUAGCACAAAACACAGAUCUUAAAGACCGGUUACGCAGAAUACAUGCCGAAUCUAAGAUCAUUGAUUCAGCAUCUAAUGCAAAAUCAAGCCCAGAUUUGGUGAAGGAAAAUUCAAGAGAGGAAGGCAGAGGUCUGGUUCACCAGGUCUCCAAUGAAAGCAGACUGUCUAUCGCUGACUCUCUCACAGAAUUUUUUGAUGCACAGGAAGUCCUGCUGUCUGCUAGUUCUUCAGAAAAUGAGGUAUCAGAUGAUGACUCAUAUGUAAGUGAUAUCAGUGAUAAUGUAUCAGAAGAUAACCUAAGCAAUGACAUGGAGAAUGAAAGACAAACUUUAGAUUGUAUUUCUGAAAGCGGAAUUGGAUGCAAUUCUAAACGGAGAACAUGUUUACCAGCUCCAUGUCCUAACACAAGUAACAUCAGCCUGUGGAAUAUCCUGAGGAAUAACAUAGGGAAGGAUCUCUCCAAAGUGGCCAUGCCCGUUGAGUUGAACGAGCCACUGAACACCCUGCAGCGCCUCUGCGAGGAGCUGGAGUACAGCGAGCUCCUGGAUAAAGCAGCGCACACACCAAACCCCUUCGAGCGGAUGGUGUACAUAGCUGCCUUUGCAGUCUCUGCCUAUGCAUCCAGUUACUACCGAGCUGGAAGUAAGCCAUUUAAUCCUGUGCUUGGAGAAACCUAUGAAUGCAUUCGUGAAGAUAAGGGUUUCCAGUUCUUUGCAGAACAGGUCAGCCAUCACCCACCUAUUUCUGCAUGCCAUGCUGAAUCUGUGAAUUUUGCUUUUUGGCAAGAUGUCAGAUGGAAAAACAAAUUCUGGGGGAAGUCCAUGGAGAUUGUUCCAGUUGGCACAACACACGUAACUCUUCCAGCUUUUAAAGACCAUUUUGCAUGGAACAAGGUGACGUCCUGCAUCCAUAACAUCUUAAGUGGGCAAAGAUGGAUUGAACACUAUGGAGAGAUCAUCAUAAAAAAUCUUAAUGAUGACACGUGCCACUGCAAACUGACUUUCAUAAAGGCAAAGUAUUGGAAUCCAAACGCACAUGAGAUUGAAGGCAGUGUCAUGGAUAAAUCUGGGAAAGUUGUGCAUCGACUCUUUGGGAAGUGGCAUGAAAGUUUAUACUGUGGGACAACUUCAUCUUCAAACUGCAUAUGGAGAGCAAAUCCGAUGCCUAAAGAUUAUGAACAGUGGUAUGGAUUUACACAAUUUGCACUGGAGUUAAAUGAACUGGACUCACAAACUAGGUCAUUACUCCCAUCCACUGAUACACGUUUUAGGCCAGACCAAAGGUUUCUAGAAGAAGGGAAUAUUGAAGGAGCUGAAAUGCAAAAGCAGAGGAUCGAGCAGCUACAGAGAGAACGACGGAAGGUGCUAGAAGAAAACAAUCUAGAGCAUCAGCCUAGAUUUUUCAGGAAAUCCAGCGAUGACUCCUGGGUGAGCAAUGGAACCUACAUGGACCUUAGGAAAGAACCUGGUUUUUCCAAACUGGACAAUCCUGUCCUCUGGUGAAAGAGGAGCUAAGUGAAGAUAUUCUGUGCUGUAUUUUUCGAUCUGAUUUAAAAGACAUAUAUAUAAAAGAUAACUAUAUAUCUAUAUAUACACACCUAUAUAUACACACACAUACAGAAUGUGUGUGGUGUACACAUAUGUGCAAAUGUGCAUAUCUCCAGAAUCAUGCUUAAUUUAGAAUCUGAUAAUUCUUUUGUUUCCUUUAUUCAACUAUUGCAGUGAUUGUUUGAAUGUAUAAAUAUCCUAACUUCCUUUUAUAAAAUAUUUAAUAAAUAGUACUGAAUGUUAACAGAUGGAAAAGAGAGGAGCUUUUACACUACUUUUUCAAUGUGUAAUAACGUCAGUUCUGAGUUAAAUUAUGCCUUACUGAAUUCCAUUGGAGACAGUAGCAUCAGCAUCUGCUAGCUGUGCUGAGGAAGAGUGCAAGCCUUAGUAACUCAAACUGUAGGUAGGCUUCCACAGUGCAACAAGUAGUUCAGCUCUCUCUGGGCUGGUAUAAAUUGCUAAAACAGAUUAUCAGCUGGUGCUGGAAUCUUGACUGACCUUUUGCUGUCUGUAGGAAAGAUUUAAGUAAGCUUUUGUAUCUUUCUUCUUAGCUUUAUGGAAGAGGUAGUUCUGAGCUUACAUCGGUGGUUCUAUUGCCUUAUACGUAAACUGUACCCAGUUAAAUGUAGUGCUAGAAAGUCAGGAAUCGCCAAAAUUUUCCACUGGGAAAAAUUUUCACUUCAAAUUUAUAGCCCCCAACAGGGCAAGAAGAGGAGAUCAUUUGUAUAUACUGCUUGAGCACUGACUAGAUGCAGAAGCUCUCUCUUUUUCCAAUAAGUGAAAUCUUAUAAAAAGCACGAAAUCCUGUGCUUCCAUAGCUUCAUUUGUUUUUAUUCACUUAAAAAUUGCAACAGUAAGACUUUUUAAAAAGUAAGCAAACGGAUUAUUUUAAGCUAGAAAUUUUUCCUAGUAUUUUGAUAUUUUCUACCUCUUAAGAAAUAACAUAUUUAAGAUCUUAUAUUUACAAAAUUACCAUCUGCCUUAUGGAGAAGUAUAUGGAGUCUUUGAUCUUCCUCUGUUUGUUUGUUAAGUUCAGAUAAAUAUUUAAACGUCUUGCACUAAAUCAAUUGCAUCCCUUUCCUGUAAUUUUAUACGUAUGGUUCAAUUUGUGAAGCUACUAAACCAUAGGUCAGAAAUUUAACAGGAAGCAAAUGUAGCAGAAGCCUCACGUUUGAAUGAAGAUUAUAGAGAUGGGCAGUAUUUUUAGUUUUUUCCCAUCAAAUCACGAUGCCAUAGUCAUUAACAAACUAAUUUGCAUUCCCACAUAUCUGCAACCCAAGCCUGCUCCAUGGUUCUUCUAACCUGCUCUGUGUGUCUGCAACUCUCUGGCAGCAAUGCAGUUUUCCAUGUGAUAGAUCUGCAUGCUGUCACCACACCCUUUUCUUUUCUUUACAUGCCACUGUAAAGAUACAAAACAAGCCCAAAUGCUGGCAUGUUAAAUUGGUUUAUGACUGGAACAACUGGACAUGGCAUGGAUGAAGUAGACUCCUAGGAGGACAGACUAAUAGCUUAGAAAAGCUUGCACUUUACUGCAAUUGUGCUGCAUUAUUCUAGAGAAAAUCUAUUAAAAAUGGAUCUAUGUAUUGUAUGUAACAUGAAGGAAAUACUAUGAAGGUUUUAAAUUUUAAACAAAAUCUGUGGUGUCAGAUUAGAUGUAUAUUUGAACUUUGCUUUCUAUUACCUUGAAGCCUCAUUGUCUCAGAGGCAGAUGAAUGCUUUCUCACCAUUUCUCAUUUUGCCCAGGAUCUCUCCCUCACCAUCAUUUCCGUAAUUUAGUACCAAAGAAGUUAGCAUAAUUAUAUCUAAUUAAUAUGUCUUCAAAAAACUUGACUACCAUGCCAGCAGCUUUAAACAAAGCAAGGUUCACACUUACAUGAAGACAAAAUCUGGGCUUUGAUUCCAAAGGAAGUAUUAAACUUUGGGGCUGCUUGGCUUUUCAAGAAAAAUGAGAUUCUCUUCAUGCCUUGUUCCCUUCUGUCUUUUAUUCUUGUAUUAACUGUCAAAACCUGGCACAGAAAUGAGUUGAUCAUUGCAAUUAUCCUUGCUGUUGGUAAUUACAAUUUAUACUAAAAUUAAGGUUCAUUUAAAAACAAAAGAGGGUAGAGGAAAUAAAAUCUUUUAAGAAAAGGAGCAAAACUUGUGGAGGCUGCAUUAAGCUUGCUCAUUGUCAUAUUUGGCAGCUACUGUGAUACUGCCUGAUCUGACUGCUGGGUUUGUGUGUGUGGAGGGGAUUCCCCUACGCAGGUAUUAAACAAAACAAGUCUCAUAUGGGGUAUUUGAGUCAUGAUUUUUGAGAAAUCAGACUGGCAGUGCCAAGUCUGAUUUCUCUAACACUCCAAACUGUCUGAAACACAUGGGAUGAAUGACAAGAAGCAUUGGGCUGAGCAGUGCCUUACAUAAAAACUUCUUCAUCAAAAUUUCUUAUCAAGAAAGUAAACUCCGGAGUUUUAGCACUGUCUCCAUAAAAAUGCCUGAGAAUAAUCCAGGGCAUUUCUUAAAUGCAUGAAGCAAAAUCAUUGAACAAGUAAUCGCUCCUUUUGUAAAUCUAUAAUACACACCUCCAAACACAAUGCAACCAGUUGUGAAUGAUCCUCUGACCCCACAUUUCCAACUGCACUACAGUUUUCCCUGCUUACUUUUGUAUAAAACAAUUGGGUUUAGUUGUUAAACUUCUGUUGACUGUAUAUUAAGAAGUGGAAGAAAUUUGUCUUGAUGUUAGUUCUGUGUAUUUCUGCAUGUAAAUAUAUUCAACAUUCACAAAGCUAAUAUAUUCUAUAAAGUUA